UGGACCAGAGAUGGGAAGGUCUCUGUAUAAGGAGGAUGGACCAGGAAUGGGAAUGUUUGGUAUAAAGAUGACAGAAUAUAGAUGGGUAGAUCUCAGUAGAAACAUCAGGGUGUCUUCGGUGUGAAUAUAAAGAAGUCUGCAGAGAACCUGAAUAGUUCUUCUAACUGCUCUUUGGGGUUUAGAGAUGAUUGCUGAAGUGCUUACUGCCAUAACAAUUUUGAUCUCGCUCUUCAACAAAUUCUCAUUCAUGGAAGAUGACAGGAAUGAACUGAGCAUGGGAGAGUUCAAGUUGCUUCUACAGAAAGAGCCCCUGGAUCCCAAUUUGAUCCGGGACGAUCCAAAGAAUGUAGACAAAAUCUUUAAACGCGCAGAUGUGAAUGGGGACGGCCAGGUGGACUACGACGAGUAUGUGCAGUUUCUGAUAGUCUGCGCUGAGGAUUACUAUAACUCUUACAAAAAACCAUUUGGAAAGUCUUAGUUCAUGGAUGAGGGUUCAGGGCUUUGCCUGUAUCUGUGCCUAUAUCUGCAUACACAAUGAAAUAAACACAACAUGUGUCCGUA